AACUUCAUAAUAUCUAAUGUAAUUUUGUUGAUUUCGAUCUCAAGAAAAAUAUAAAUCACGAAAAAUACCAUUUUGAUUGUUAAAAUCUUGUUCUGUUGUAAAUAAACGUGUUUUAAUCUAUAUGUGUGAAAUGUUUAAAAUUUCAGAUUGAAAAUGGAGGCAAAGGCUGCCUACCCCCUGCCGUUGAUGAUGAUUAAACCCGAUCUUCAAAUAUCAGAUCUUUUUGAUGUGAGUCAUCUUGAGAAUCUGAAAACUGAACUCAAGUUUUUCACAGAAGAGGAUCUUGAGCAAGCAAUCAGACAGGCACAAGAAGAGAUAAAUGAUGAGCUUUAUGUAGCAACACAAAAUCUUCAAUUAAACAGUCUUCCCGCCAAAAAUGUCAAGAUGGUGGAAACUACCACGUGUGGGCCACAAAAUCAUCAACUGAACAGUUUUCCCACCAAAAAUGCCAAGAUGGUGGACACCAUCAUGGAAUCUCCCGCCAAAAUAUCAAAGAUGGAGAAUUCUUUUAAACCAAUCGUGAAAAAGAUAAAUUUUCGCCCUCACCGGUUGGAAAAAAAUAAUUGUGAUUCAGAUACAGAAAGUGAGGAGGACUGUGAGGAUGAAGACUCUGAUAAGACCAGUGAUUCUGAAAACGCACCAGCCAUAUCUGAAAUCAACCAAACUAUGGUAGAGUCAGAUCAAUUAGCAAUCAAACUAAGGGAGAUCCAUGAUCAAUCAAUUAAAUCAAAUAAACGCACUCAAGAAGGGAGGGGUCGAAGUACAAGUACGAUAAGAACAGAUAACUCUGAACGCUUCAACGAGAACCUUGGAUAUCUGAAGACUGGUGUAGAGAACUUGAACCGGAUAUUUCAGGAUAUAUUUGCCUGUAUCAGAGCUACUAAGGGUUCAGCUAGUGUACUAGAGGAGGGAGAGAAGGAGAAGGUUGGAAGGAGAACAAGGGAUUUCAACGCUAGGUUUAACAGAAUGCUUUAUCAGGUUGAGCAGGAUAUAGCUGGGUUUAAGAAUGAGAUGAAUCAAAAUUAUCUAAGAAAUGGGUCUACCAGAACAGAUCUGAGUAAGUUGCGGAGUAUUAUCAGGUCCCUCUCCUCCCUUCUCUCCUCCCUCCUCUCCUUCAUCCCUCUGGCUCCGGGAAUAAUCUUUCCGGAUAGAUUCAUGGAUUUUAGUGAAAAUUUAGUUGACAUCGGAACAAUUUUGUCCGAGAACGGAGUGAGUGUUCUGAGUUUGGCACAGAACCUGAAAUAUAUCGAGUCUAUUCAUGCUCAUCAUGAGGAGGAGAAAAUGGUACAGUUGGCACUUAGUCUCAACUCCAGACAAACUAAACCUAAGGUUGAAGUUUCAAGGAAGAAAUCUCUGAACCAAAGUAUAUCAAGACCAAAAGGAACUUUACUCCAUCAUCAGAGAUCCAAUAUGGCGCGGUCACGUCGAAUGGAACAAGACUCGACGACAAAUCAAAUGGGUGUGUCGAAAACGAUUUUCCCUGCUAAUCGACAGUCCCGAAAAUCCUUGUCUUUUCUUGAAAACUCUUUGAACAGAAAAUCUACCAAAAAUCCUUUCAUGAAUUUUCGAAACAGCGUUCAAUCUCCACGUGAUGGAAACAGCGUUCAGUCUCCACGUGCUGGAAAAUUGGAAACUGAAACAUCUCACAACAAUUCCUAUUCAAGUGAAUUUGAAGAAAUUUCUGAGAAAUCCGCACAACAAAUACUGAACCAUGAUAGACACCCUAAUACAAAAAAUAUGAAAGCAAGCACUUGUACCUUUGAGGUGCCUGAAUCAAAAAGUGAUGAAUCUAAAGAAUUAAAAAAACUUCUGGGUCGGAUUCAUAACCUAGAACUACUGGCCCUUAGGUUUCCUUCAGAGAGUGAAAACACAACAUCAGUUAGGAACAUGAAUGAACUUCUUGUACAAGAUGGCGGCCAAAAACAAAAUGGCGACCAAAAAAAAGAUGGCGUCGAUUCCAAAACGUUCGAUUCAAGUCAUCUUUCAGAUUUACUGGACAAACUAGAUAUUAUUAGCAGUGACUUCUUGUUGAUCCAUCAUAAAUAUUCCUAGUAUUUAAAAAGUCAAAAUUUCUCAAUUGUAAACUUCAUAAAUAUUUUUCACCACAAAUACAUUCAUCGUAAUUUA